UGCUCUUCUUUGGUACUUUGCUGCCAAGUACGGUCAUCCAAGCCCAAUAAACGACCAAGGAAUUGACAGUUCCUUUCUCGUUUUCGUCUGGGAACUGCUGAAGUAGAAGAAGAAGCAACGAAUUACCCAGCAUUGAUUUGCUGAUAUACGAAAUAUAUAUACACGCAUGAUAGCUUAUUGAAGCUGCAUUUCAUUCGAAGCUGUAGAGAUCAAGGCAGCUGGAAGGAUGAUGUCCCCUAAAACGAUUUCAGAAGAUCGAGGCUCGUCCAACCCCGCUGCUUUCAGGCACACUCCAUUGCAGAUAGUCCAUGUUCUUGGCAACUUCUUGAGAAUAUGGUCAGUUUACUCCAUGUACCGCUACUUGUCUCAGACAGGAGCUUCAGUUGUACUUUUUAUCUUCCUUUGUCUCGUUCCAUCAGCAAUCAUAUUUAUAGCUUUGCAAAAGCCUUGGAAAGGCAGACCGCUUUCUAACACACAGGUAGUACCUUCUAUAAUAAAUGGUGGCAUAACGGCUUUAUACUUCAUUUUGUGGGGAAAGGGCCUCAAAUCAUGUGGGCCUUUGAGGGCUAUAAUGGCAGAAUACUCAGGUGCUGUUCUUGGAGUGUUAUCCGCAGUGUUAUAUGGAAGAAAGGGCCAUGUCUGGAAAAAGGUGGGUGGACUCAUUGCAAUGUUGGCAUCUUUGUACUUCCUAUCUCAAGGGUGGGCCAUGGCCACACAUUCCCCAUUUUCCUUUAAUGAUGACCUGGAUACUAAGGACCUUCAGGAAGAGCAAGCUGUAGGAAUGAAUGCAAUGAUAGUUCCCACCUUAGCUGGAAUAUUAUCUGCGCUGAGAAGGGUGAUUGCAAGACGUGUUUCACUCAAGAAUCAACUUAAGAGGCGACUUCAUGCCAUAACCAUUGCUGCUGCAACUUGUUUUCUCUUUCCUGUGGCCAUGUGGGACAUGAUUAUAGGGUCAACUUCUGAUAGCGGUAUAGAGUUGCCAUUUUCGGCUUGGGCUCUUUUGAGUACCAGUCUCUUUGGAAUUGUUUUGAUAUUUUAUGUUGACAGUAUAGCAGAGGAGAGAUUGCAUAUGGUUUUCUCUUCGCCAAGGCAUUUAAUGGCUGCUGGAGGAUGCAUCAUUGUCCUGGAGAUUGUGUACAAAAUGAAUUUUUCCCUACUGGGCUUUCUUAUCUGCUCCAUACUUUUGGGCUUUGGAAUUUAUGAAGCAACUUCUUUGGAGCAUGUUAGGAAGGAUUCUUUGCAGAAUUCAGAUCUAUCAACAGGGAUAUUUGAAGACCAAAUUCAGAUGUCUUCACUACCAACUUAACAGGCAUUUUGGGGUUUAUACAUGUUGCAAUCAAUUUCUUGGCAACAAAAUCUUGCAAAUGUCUUUCCUUUGAUUUCUUCCUUCUUGUACCAAAAAUUGGUCGCAAAGAAUUUUCCAGUUCUCGAGUCAACUCUUCAGACGCCCGAGCGGAAUCUUUGUUACUGGAUUCCGAGCAUAUUCUUGACUGUAUUUCAAACAGAAAGCGAAGCAUGUAGGAGACUACGGUAAAUGUCGGUGCAUGGCGAUUUAUGUCGCCGGUGUUUUGAUUGGGGGAAGAAAAAAAAGUACUUGUACAGACGGAUAUCGCAUAUCAAUUAUCAACACCUCUUUGUUUUACAAGUUUUUUUUUUUUUAUUUUUAUUUUUGGUGGGGAUGGAAUUUGACAAGUUGUUUGAGUUACAGAUGACCAUUUGCGAUUUUCUUGUUGACUAACUAAUUUGUUUAUUUAUAUCCAUAGUUUACUCUCU